UUCCUUCUCUAAGUGUCUUCAGUGCUGAAGGAAAACAAAUAUGACAUAUGUUUUAAUUCUUUGACUCUUUGUGCUUGAAAGAGCGCAUGAAGGAAAAGCAAGCCCCUCUGAGUGAAAUUCCCUUCAACUUGAACAUUUUUAAAAGACUCGAUUCAUGAAUAUUUUAGCCAAUGUUCAUCCGAACAUGUGAAUGUACUGGAGUUCACCAAUAGCCUAUCUGUCUUUACAGCCAGAGCCCACAGUCUCACUUUCUCUGUGCCCCUCUCUCUCUCUCUCUGGCUUUGCCUCUUUCUCUCCUCUAACGGCCGCAGACAAGGCCAUCCCUUCAAAGACCCUCCCCAUCGAGCCGUAGCGGUUCCCCGAGGCGCCUUACGUUCAGACCAUGCCGCUUUGGAUUGAAGCAGGAGACAGAAGGGAGAGCCGGUGGGGUUUGUUGCAUCUCCCUCUCUGAUGACGAGGCCCUAUAGGGCCUCCUUUGACAACCGCUCUCUGCUUUGCUGGAGUUUGAUGAUGAAGGCUUGUUUGAGGAAUGUGAUGGAGGACGGUAUUUUUUUGGUUCUCAUUUAAUACUAAUACCACUUCCGUAUAAGACUUAGCCGGCUGUUUACAUAAAAAGAAACGCACACUAAACAGAAUCGCUCACUAAUUGCAGUGUUGCAAUAGAGCUCCCACUCUAAAAAAAAAAAAAAGUCAUGUAUUUAUUUUGCAUCAAACCCAUUAGUCCUCCUACAACUGACCUUGCAGACCUCAGGACAGAGCCAUCUGUGUGAACUCUCACACUUUGCACCACAGUUUAAUGGCAUUAGGCGGAAGCCCGGUGCGUCACGCGGUCCCUCAUGACGCGACACAUGAACAUAAUGCAGCUUGUUGAGACAAAUUUCCCUCCUGGGGCGGUGAAGAAUUUAACAACAAUUCUUAAACAAUAACCUUUCUCUAAGUAACUGUAGCCCAAGGUCAAGAUUCUAGACCAUACUUAGACCCUUUGGUGCGUAAAUCACUGUCAACGAGAGACCUAAUCUCCAUUAUGACAGAUAACCGCCAUUACAAUAAAGCGGCAUCGCCCGUUUCAGUGAGCAAAUGCAUCACCAAAGUAUUGAAAGAGUCCGCGGACACACGACGGGUCGGUCACGUUACGUCGGUAAAGUAAGGCAGGGGGAAGGAGGGCUGACGACACACCGCCGGCGCAGCGGCGGAGACGCACGACAGCGCGCUGCGCCUCUCCAUCACGUUUCACUUUGCAAACACUGACAACGAAGAGACGCCAGGAUGUAAAAAAAAACCCCAACAACAACAAAUACACACAUUGCGAUACAAAUCCGCUUCUUUUGAGGGUUGUGGUCCAGCACACUGGCGUGGUUCAUUCUGCUCCAUCGACCUGCAUUUUGUUUUUAAUGUGGCGCUGUGCUCGGUGCCGGAGUCCGCCGACCGACGAGGAGGAGAGGCGCAUCAUCCCGCUGGAUGGAUCCCGCCUCUGCGUCUCUCGCCCGCUGACUUGACGACUCGGGUCAUUGCGGAAAGUCGGAUUUUGGUUUUUGGACGAAUGGGGAUUUUGUCCCGGCAGCGUUUUAACGAUGGGGGUGGAUUUUGAGGAGCUCUGAAGGUGAAGAGGACCGCUCUUAAGACUCGGCUCCACGAUGGCGACGGGAGUAGCAGCGUGGCUCCCUUUUGCCAGGGCAGCAGCCAUUGGCUGGAUGCCUGUUGCCAACAGCCCCAUGCCUGUUGCGCCGAUGGACCACAGUAAGAGACAGGACGAGCUGAUAAUGCUCAAUGUCAGUGGCCAUCGCUUCCAGACGUGGAGAACCACUCUGGACCGCUACCCUGACACCCUGCUGGGCAGCUCUGAAAAAGACUUCUUUUACAAUGCGGAAACCAAGGAGUACUUCUUCGAUCGGGACCCCGAGGCCUUCAGAAGCAUCCUCAACUUCUACCGGACGGGCAAGCUCCACUACCCCCGCAACCAGUGCAUCUCCGCCUACGACGAGGAGUUGAUCUUUUUCGGCAUCAUCCCUGAGAUCAUCGGCGACUGCUGUUACGAAGAGUACAAGGACAGAAAGCGCGAGAAUUUAGAGCGGCUUCAGGACGAUCAGGAAGAGAACAGGGACACGAAGCCGCCCAACAUGAGCGUCAGGGAGGCCAUGUGGCGCGCCUUCGAGAACCCUCACACCUCCACCAUGGCGCUGGUCUUCUACUACGUCACCGGUUUCUUCAUCGCCAUCUCCGUCAUCACCAACGUGGUGGAGACGGUGCCCUGUGGUUCCACCGGCAACCAGAAGGACAUGCCAUGCGGCGAGCGCUACACCGUGGCGUUCUUCUGCAUGGACACGGCCUGCGUCAUGAUCUUCACAGUGGAGUACCUGAUGCGCCUUUUCGCCGCGCCGAGCCGCUACCGCUUCAUGCGCUCGGUGAUGAGCAUCAUCGACGUGGUGGCCAUCCUGCCGUACUACAUCGGCCUGGUGAUGACCGACAACGAGGACGUCAGCGGCGCCUUCGUGACGCUGCGCGUGUUUCGGGUGUUCCGCAUCUUCAAGUUCUCCCGCCACUCGCAGGGCCUGCGGAUCCUGGGCUACACGCUCAAGAGCUGCGCCUCGGAGCUGGGCUUCCUCCUCUUCUCGCUCACCAUGGCCAUCAUCAUCUUCGCCACCGUCAUGUUCUACGCAGAGAAGGGCUCCAGCUCCAGCAAGUUCACCAGCAUCCCGGCUUCCUUCUGGUACACUAUUGUCACGAUGACAACGCUGGGGUACGGAGACAUGGUGCCAAAGACGAUCGCCGGGAAGAUCUUCGGCUCCAUCUGCUCCUUGAGUGGCGUGCUGGUGAUCGCCCUGCCGGUCCCGGUCAUCGUCUCUAACUUCAGCCGCAUCUACCACCAGAACCAGAGAGCGGACAAGCGCCGCGCUCAGAAGAAAGCCAGACUGGCCAGGAUAAGAAUAUCCAAGUCCGGCAGCGCCAACGCCUUCCUGCACAGCAAGCGCAACGGACUGCUCAACGAGCUGCUGGAGCUGACGGGGUCGACCAACUGUCUGCUCUUUAAAGAUACAGAAGAGGAUGAGCAGAAGCUGACCAAGUGCACCUCUCUGUUAGAGAGCCAACACCACCACCUACUGAACUGUCUGGAGAAAACCACUGCUCACGUGUUUGUGGACGAGCAGAUGUACCAGCAGAACUGUUUAGAGACGGCGCUGCAGACGUGCCCGUCGCGCAGCCCCUCCAUCUCCACCCACGACAGCUCCGCGGGCAGCUGCUGUGGCUGCAGGGCGAAGAGAAACGCCCCUCUGCCCUCCGGCCGUCCCGUCCCAACACACACACAGGGGCCCCUGCAGGAGCUCAGCGCCCUCCACAUACAGUCGCACACCGCCAGCCGUUCAAACCUCAACCGCAAAGCCGAGGAAAGCGGCCGGCUCAACAGCAAAGGCGGCCGGAUCACCACGGCGAUCAUCAGCCUCCCGAGCCCCCCCGACCUGACGCCCGAUAGCGACAGCCUGCGCAGGCCCCCCCAGAGGAGGCAGCCCGCAGACCCGGCCGCAAGCUCGGCCGGCAUCAACAUCAUCAGAGUCUCUGCCCUGUGACGCGCCGGCUGACGGAUGUGAGACGAUGGAGAGCAGGUGGAGGAUGGUGGACGGGCCGGAACGGGGUUGCACGACCUUCACGACCUUCACCGACGCGUCCGUGCCCCCCCCCCCCCCCGUCCCGCCCGGGUAAAACACACACUUGUCGUGUUGUGCGAUAGACACGGACAAAGUUGCUGCAUUUCUGAUCUUAACAGCAGUACAGAAGUGUUUUUACAGAGAAGAAAAAGGUUGCACAUUUGGCGCAUCCGGACGUCGGCACACGCUGUCUGAUGGACCACGAGUUCACACUUCAUUUAAACGGAAUUCACAGAGGAAUCGUGAAAAGAAUAAAUUGUUCACUUCAAAUGUGUUUGAAGACGGAUUAAGAAAAGUGUUGACUGUGUUUACUUGAGUUUGGUUGGACUCGUUUGUGUUACGUGUUUGUCUAAAGAGUUUUGGGAGAAAAAAAAAAGGAAAUGUUUGGCUUUCUUUACAGCAGCAUUUUAAAAGUCCUGUACCUACGAUGCUGCUAAUGUCAUAUCGCUGAAAUGUGAGUCGUUUUGAAUGAUUUUGUUCAAAUUUGUAUCUAUUCAAGGUGUCAAAGACUUAAACCAAACUGUGCUUUUUAGUUGCUUCAUGUUUAUAUUCCAGACGGCUGACCAUCUGGAUUUCAUCACUUACAGAUUUUCAUACUGAGGUGAAACAAAGCAAAUGGUUUUCAACUUUUCAACUUUUUUUCAACAAAAAAAAAAAAACGCUGAAAAAAAAACACUUUCAAUAUUUUAAUCAAAGAAUGAGUCCAGCUUUAUUCUCUAUUUCCUUUCUAAUUGUGAAUAACAAAAACCUCACAGAAGUUUGUUAGCCGGUGCGAAAUGCUCACCGUCUCUAUGGCCCUCGGACCCAAACCUCACUGGUCCUACUGAUGAGACAAAAUAUGUUUUAUCAAAGAAAAAUACAAAAUGAAAAAGGUUUGUUAACCUGCUAGGCUGAUGUGCUGGGCGUUGCAGUUUUGAGCAAAGGUUUCUCAAACAGGAGUUAAUAGUGGAGUUAUUUUGGACUUUUCUAUAAUAAACAUUUUAAAUGUGAGAGACAGCAGCAUGUCGAUGUAUAGACAAAUAAACUACAGCACCAUUGUUUACUGUGUGUUUCAUCAUAGGCCUUUGCUGCAUUGACAACACUUGUUAUUGGGGGGAGAUUUUUUUGUUUUUUGGUCUUUUUGGUCUUUUUAUCAAAAAAUUAUCAAAUAUGUCCUGCUUUCCUGAAGUAAUUAAAUUCUAUCCAUGACGCUGUGCGUGUUCAUCGUCAACGUGAGUCGGUCUUUUAGGUUCGGAGUGACCGAAAAGGUUUUGCAUGUUGAACAACCCUGUAGGACGGGGACGUGGGGAAGGGGGAUUUUAAAUCCAGAUGUUUAAAGGUAAAAGGUGAAAGUAAGAAGUGACAUGAACACAGUUAAAGAACACGGAUAAAUUAUGCAAUUAUAUCAGUUCUGUCCCUUUAAAUUAUCAAUGUAGUUGAAAUUCACAAUUGUAAAGGAAUAAAGUCAUUGAGAAUAUGCAGGAAUAUGCUUGUUCUCUCAGGUCCUCUCUUGGUCUAAUAUUUCAUUCUGUGAAAUAAUGUUGAACGCCUUAGCAGAAAGCCUUCAGAGGACCUUGAGUUGGAACUGUUCUGUCACAUUACUUCCAAGGUCAAUUAGGAAAAACCAAAAGCUCCACAAUAGAUUAUCGCAACUCGAUAAUCCCAAAACGUUGUCACCGGAUGGACGAAAUGAUGCAUACUGACCUUGAAACUAAACGACUGAAAACGAACUUACGUGAUUUGUUUGUCUGGUUUUAUGGCCUUACUCCUACAGUGAUAUUUGAAUCACAUCCUGUUGCUCACUGUUGUUCAUUUAAAGUCGAUAGGCGCCUGGUGUUCGGAAUAGUCUGUGUGCAGUUGUUACUUGUAUGAAAUAAACUACGUGUUUAUUUGUCUUGUUUUGCUAAUGCGCGACUCCGAUUUUAACUGCGUGUUUUUUCGUUGAUGAAGCACCAAGUGAAAGUGUUUUGCGGUCGUAUCGGUAUACUGCGUGUCGCAUUCCUGUACUUUGUCAUGUUUUCAAACCGAGGUACGCCACACUUUACCUUUUUGUAAGAACAACAAAGUAGUAGUGCUCCUCUUGCUGCUAUGCGGGACAAAAGCGACCGAAUGGACCCGUCUCCUUCUCACUGUUAAACAAGGGGCCUCUGUUGUGGUAACUUGGAUCUUGGUUGGUUAUCUGCACAGUAGAGCUUUUUAUCAUCGACUUCUCACGCUGUGCAAACAUCACUUGUUCAUCGCUUCUUUGUGUGAUGGACCGGCCUUCGAAGGCAUUGGGAGGCACUUUUUUAAAAAAGUCUUGGCGUUUGCUAUUUGUGUUUUUGUUCUUUUUGAACUGAGCUUUUUUUUGUCUGUUUGUUGUGUUUCACUAUUGUGUCGGGUUAUUUGUUAUAACAGCGCUGACGUUUCAGAUGGGAAAUAAAAUCUACGAAAGAA